GGCGCUGCUCUGCCGGCCCUGGAGGGGCUCCUCGCUGAUGCUCCGGCCCCGGAGGGGCUGCUGGCCGCCCCAUGGACGGGAAGGUCGCCCUGCGGCUCCUGCUGCUGCUCUCCUGCGCCGGGCUCGGCGGUUCCGAGGAGAGGAGCCCCGGGCUGAACGGGUCGGACAGUUCGCAUGAAUUUUCAGAUCAGGAUUCUCUCCAGAGAAAUGGUCAGCGUUACAAUGGUCAUGUGAAGCCAAAGUUUAAUGUCAAUCAAGUGGCAAUUGCACAGGUUGUCAGCCACAACUGGAGCAGGGGAGGGCAGUGGGAAGGAGCAGCCUGGAGGCCGUUCCCCCACAGCCACUCCAGGCCCCUGAACGUCACCAUCAACGGCACCCCCUGCAUCCUCUUCUGGGCCAAGAGGAUCUUGAUCAGGCUGGAGAACCACACCCAGCUGGAUCUGACAGAGAGGACGUUUGGUGUCCAUGCCACUGUGGAUGUUGGGGACUCCAACUGCAGCGAGGACAGCGCCAUGCUUUCCCUGAAGUUUGGUGACAUUGGCAAUCUACAGGGACUUGUUAUCAGGCUCCUGCUGACCACCAGCUACUACCAGCUGUCUGUGCAGAGCUGGUUCAGCCUGCAGAGGCUGCAGCUGCUGUACAACCACUCGGUGCAGGCCACGUUCCGCGCCCCGGGCAUCGGCGCUCCCGCCACCGCCUCCUUCCGCUGCCACCACCUCAGCAGCCUGCACAGGCACGAUGCCCUGCUGCUGCCCAGCUCUGAAGACGACCUCUCCCACCUCUGGGAGGUCACCUUCGUCGACUUCCAGAUUCAAGGCUUUAACGUUCAAGAGGGGCAUUUUGCCUACGCCAGGGACUGUGCAUCCUCCUUCUCCCCAGCCAUCCUGAUGGGGCUGGUGAUGUCCCUGGUUCUGCUGCUGGUCCUGGCCUAUGCCCUGCACAUGCUCAUCCACCUCAAGUCUCUCGAGAGGCACUACGAGUGCAAAGCUUCCCCUGCCUACUUUGCACAGAUGAAGGACAGCGACGUGGGGGAUGAGAAGGAGCCACUGAGGAGCAGUGGAAAUGAGUCCUAUGAACUCAGGAACCAGCAGUUUGGUAAAAUCUAUAUUUAGCAGCUUAUCUGUCUCAGUGGAACGAGGUGUUUUCUGCUGCUGGCACUGUUCUAACAUAGUCUGUGCAGAUUUUUUUUUACCAGCUGAUGAAAGGAAAACUAGGUAACAGGUUGUUUAGCCAGUUAUUCACUGGUAAUCAUCUCAAAGAUGCCUUGGGAAAGAAGGUGAGAAAAAAAAUUCUCCAUUGUGAGUAGGGGAUAUUCAUGUUGUGGGGCUGAGUCCUGUAGCAAA